AUGGCCACCGCCAUCCCCCCUGACAAGCCGCCGCCAUACUCCACCGCUUCUCCUCCUCCGUCUCCCCCGCUCCUAGCCGAUCCCGGCCGCUCCAAAGCACCGGUCUUGAUCCGAUCCGUCUGGUCGGAGAAUCUGGAUCACGAAUUCUCACUCAUUCGCGACCUUGUCGACCGUUUUCCCUUCGUCUCCAUGGACACGGAGUUCCCCGGCGUCGUCUUCCGUCCCUACCAGCACCACUCCGACCCGCGCGAGCACUACCAGACCCUCAAGUCCAACGUGGACGCGCUCAAGCUGAUUCAGGUGGGGAUCACUCUCUCCGACGCUUCCGGGAACCUCCCGGACCUCGGCUUCCCUGACCGCCGCUUCAUAUGGGAGUUCAAUUUCUGCGACUUUGAUAUCUCGAGGGAUGACCACGCGCCAAACUCCAUCGACCUCCUCCGCAACCAGGGCAUUGAUUUUGAGCAGACCCGAAAGUGGGUGGCCGCCGCCAGGUUUGCCGAGCUCAUGGUGUCGUCAGGCCUUGUGUGCAAUGACGAAGUCACCUACAUAACAUUUCACAGCGGCUACGACUUUGGGUACCUCAUCAAGGCCAUCACAGGGAAGGCUCUUCCCGGGAGCCUUAGGGAUUUUCUGAAUCUGCUGAAGGUCUUCUUCGGGGACCGUGUUUAUGAUGUUAAGCAUCUGAUGAAGUUCUGCCAGGGGCUCUAUGGUGGAUUGGACAGGGUGGCGAAGUCCCUUGGUGUGGAGCGUGUUGCCGGUAAGUGUCACCAGGCCGGGUCAGAUAGCCUGCUGACCUGGCACGCAUUCGAGAAACUUAGGGCUGUGUACUUCAGCAAGGGUGAGAAGGAGAAGGGUUUGCUGGACAAGUAUGCUGGUGUUCUCUAUGGGUUAGAAAAUCCAUGA